CUCCAGCGGUCUGGACAGCUGUCAGAGGUUGCCCCGCGGUCACAGUGGCACAGUUACCCUGGCUUCACACCCCACCUUGCCCGUGGCCGCACAUUUAGGCUGCCGAUACCGGGGGAACCGGGGCUCGCCGCCGCCGAUGCCAACAGGAGAGUCCGCUAACUCUUUGGCUCCGCACCGCAUCCACCGGAUUCAACACACAGAAGACAACUCUGCGGACUGUCGGACUGGCUCGGAACGUGCGAGGAGACCGUCUCUGGGCCAAGUUCCAUAGUGGAGGGGGGAAGCAAUGUGGCCCCUUCUUUCCACGUUGACCGUCUUAUGUAUCCAGAUGAUGCUGGUGAUGUGCAAUCCAUUACAGCAGGUGCUUGGCGUGGAUGGAGUCAACUUCAGUGUGCAUGUGGAAAACCAGACACAGGUGCGAGACACCAUGAGUCGACGGCAUCACCGAGUUUACCAGCUCUACAGCCGCACCAGUGGCAAGCAUGUACAGGUGCUUGGUCGCAGAAUCAGUGCCCGAGGAGAAGAUGGAGACAAAUAUGCCCAGCUCGUAGUGGAGGCCGAUACCUUUGGCAGCCAGGUGAGAAUCCGGGGCAAAGAAACCAAUUUCUACCUGUGCAUGAACCGACGCGGAAAACUGGUUGGAAAGAAGGCCAGUAAUCGAAGCGCCGACUGCGUGUUUGUGGAAAAGGUUCUGGAAAACCACUACACAGCUCUGAUGUCAGCACGCUAUACGGGCUGGUAUGUCGGCUUCACUAAAAGAGGCCGUCCUCGCCGAGGCCCCCACACACUGCCCAACCAGCAGGAUGUACACUUCAUGAAACGGUUCCCACCUGGGGAGCAACCUGACCUCACCACCCCCUUCCGCUUCACCACCGUCAGCAAGCGAGGGAAAAGGGUGCGCGCUACUGGGCCGCGCUAGUAGUGGCCAAUGUUAGCACCCACAGUCUUUUCAUCCAAAGCCUUGACCUGAGCCUGCCAAUGGCUAACCCAGUCAACUCUUCUGUCGCACUCGAAUGAACACUUCUCUUUGUUGGGAAAAACAUUGACCAGGAACAUGAUGAAUCAUUCAUGGGGUUUAGCUUUAUACCUCCUAAUUUGCCACUACAGCCACCUAGUAAGUGAUCAUUCCUCUCAACUUUAGUCCCCUUACUGGACCAACUGGACAAAAUCUGGCCUGAUGCUGAAAGCUCUUGAACCUGGUCUGCAUCUUUUCACGGGCCAGAAAUAUUGCCAAAGAAUUCCAAGGGCAGCCAGACUCUCAGGGUCUACAAAGGCCUUUAUGCCAUGACCACAGAAACCACAGGGCCCUUGUGCCUCCUAUUCUGGAUGAGCUGGAAGAUGUCAAAUAUGGGAUUACAACUGGAGCAUGCAGAGAGAACGCGGGUGUGAAAGACUGACUGAACAAGAGAAUGGGUGCUCAGCCAACGGAUAAAGGGAAAUCUGGAAGGAGAAGACAUAAAAAUGGCGGGUUGGACAAAGGGAUUGAAUGAUCUGCAUAGAUCAAAUGGACCAACAAUGGACUAUUGACAUGUGACGCACUUAUUUGUCUCACUGCUAAAUUGGUGAGAACCUGUGAGACUGUUGAAUGAAUGAAAGGAUGGGUGAUGAAGGUGUGAAUGCAGGAAAGAUGGAGUGAGUGAUUCACUGAAUAAAUGUAUGUUUGCAAGAAGAUGACGAGAAAGAAAUGUAUGUUAGAGUUUGUGUAUGUGUGUGUUUGUGUGUUGUGUGUGCGCGAGUGAAUGCAACAACCAUGAGUGAAGCUGGAUCACGAGGGACUCUGGAAAGGGACCAUAAAGUCCCUGCAUGAACCCGUGACAACUCACCGCAGGGACUGAAGCUUUAGGAACAGGAAUGUAUAAAAA